CUAGUAACGCUAAGUAAUUGGCUUCGGCCCAGAGUGCGUGUCUGCGGCACCUGAAAGAGAGCGGCCAAACGUCGUUCCGCUCCCUUGUAGUUUUUGGCUCUUCACCGCGGUGUUUGAGCUCACUUUCCACCGGUAUUGUUUUUCCCGACGCCGCAAUGCUGCUUAGAUGAAAUGGAAGAUGAACUUCCCUCAACUCGUUCUCGCACAGCAGCUCCUUUUGCGCCAUCGUAACUAGAAACGCCCAAGUGAUCAGUGCUAGUGCCCCGCGGAGGCAUCUACGCACGGUAUCGCUCCGCCCCCCGCAACAGCGAAAAUGUGCAAAACCGGCAUAAGGCCGCCCGACUGCAGCUUUUCGAGGCGACGCAGCUCACAGCCCCAUUUUUUCCAGUGACGCCCUCGCCACUGGCUGUUGAAAGACAAAAGAGCAGUACGGAGAAGCUAGACCUGCGGCGCAGAAAAUAGCUUCGUACGAAACAUCAACUACGUGCUACUUGGACGGCUUUCUCCCGCCAAGAAAUCGAACACAAGUCGGGAGCACUCACAUCCGCGUCCUUCGUGCCGUAAUCUGCCGCCAUGGUAAAAAUGCAGGAGGUAGUCGGCCUGCUGGGCGGGUCAACGGCAGCGGAUCUGGCUCCGUUUGACAUCAUGCUGCAAAUGGGCGGCUCUGGCAGCGACUCGUCUCAGGCGUCAGCCUUUCUGAGCCUGGGCGGGGCGUCGACCAGUGCUCAUGCGACUACCGGGGGAGUACGAGCAGGUACUACAGCAGGAGCAGCAGGAGCGGCGUCCUCCUUGGCAGAGAUGAAAACCACGGCUAAAGAAGAAGCAUCAUUGGCAGCUGCGAGAGAAAGCACAACUUCAAAUGAAGCUCCCGCUUCUGUGGUCCUCGCCGAGGAAACGGAAACAGGCGGUGAAGUAGCCAUUGGCACCAAGAUUUCCAACGUCUUCUCCAGCAUUUUGAAUCCGCCUUCCCUGGUGGACUUCGGGCCCCUAUCAAAAGGAAAAAUCCACCCUCCCCAUAUCAAAACGAAACUUCUGAUGCUGGAUUUGGAUAGACAAAUCAAACUUGUGUUGCAGCUAGACGAGGAAUGCGUGGUCCUGGCUUUGGCGGGGGCCUUUUGGUAUACUAGGCGCCUAGUAUGUAGUGAGGUCACCGAACGGUUCUAACCGGGGAGUUUUUUUGCCAUCUCCCCUGAAAAACGACCGGCAGUUUUGAAGCCUGUAGAGAGUUUUUUUGCAUGAAAAAGAUCCCAGCGUGCAAGCCUGUUUGGCUUACCUGGCACCGAAUCGCCAGCGGAUUCUAUCGAUCGCCGCUGGGUAAAACGACGCAGAGAAGCCAGCAAAAGGGGCGCCCUUCUGGGGCGCCCGCCGCCUUGAUUUCUGGCGGUUUAGGACGCCCAAAAGGGCGCCCGAAAACAACGCACCCAAAAUCAGAACAGCGAAACAGCAUGGCACGGCCGCGGUUUCGGAGCAUUUUGGGCGGCCGCGAAAGCGGCCGCAUUUUCGCCGGUUUCAGAGCCUGGGGGGCUUUGCAAAAAGCGCCGACGGGAAAAAUAAAAACGCAAAAAAGCAAAAGCGCGCCAGACGCGCAAAGCCAAUCCGCAUGCUACGGGCCCGAUUUUUCUUCGCUUUUUGGGCGCCCCCCGUGGCACCCGGAUCGGCCUCAUAGCAUGGGGGCUGGCUUUCGGAAAGGAAUAUCGGGAAUUUGCGAAAAUUUGCGACGUUUAUCAAGCGGCCGCCAUACCGUGCGGCCUAACGUUACUCACGGCGGUACGGCGGGCCCAGAAAAAGCAAAGCCGCGGCCAAGGCGACGGCCGGCAAGAAAACGCCCACGACCUCACUACCUCCGCCCCGGCGGCUAUAUUUGGUAUGGCAGCCGGCUACUCUGUAGGCCUUACAGCAUGACAAAUCGCCCGCAUAACGUGGCCGACAGCCUGAAUGUGCAUUCUUGGAAGGCAGACCCGAUUUGUGGUCACAAAUCUGCAUCGCAAAUUUUCAGUAGGAUGCGCUUUCAAUAUGGGAAAGGGGGACUACUUUUCCUUGCAAUAGCCCCAGGCCUUCGGCCGGGUGGAGGUCCACGAAGAUCCGCACACGCCGGCGCUGACACUGGAAGUGCCCGGCAAUCUCGAGAAGCACCGGGUCGAGCAGACGAUCAUCCUGGAGGACAAGCCCAAGGCGGAAGUCAACAACUUCUUCCCGGAUUUCAACAGCGAGAAGGUACCGCCGAAACGGGUGGUCACCCUGUUUCCGGGAACGCACGUGCCGGAACCCUCCGGGGCCUACAUGGCGGCGAUGCUCGUCGUGUUUGCGGUGUCGGUCUACGCGUUUGUGUCCAUCUGCCACAUGGGGGCCACAGACGAAACAGUCAAGCGCCCGCUGCACUGGUAGGAUGAGUAAAUGCAAAAUACAUGUUUCAUCACAAUUACAAUUUCAAUUUCAUCACCUUGCCCAGUAAAUGAACUACCAUGAAGAUGAUGAAGAUGAGCUCACUGCUUGUUGUUGAACAAGACUAAUUGGCCCUACGUGACAACCCCAACCGGCACAAGAUGACCUUUUUUCGAAACAACUAAACAGGUGCAUCGCAGCCUGGCUCCUGCUCACCCACGCUCUGACCUCCUGCUUUCUCUCGUUCCCCGCGGUCUUCAUUGUGCUCCUGUUUUUCGGCUGCCUCGCGAUUGUCUUCUUCUUUGGGUUUUCGUUCUGGGGCGAGCAGAUUGCGCGGAAAGUGCCCGCCAGUUUGAUCGUGGGCUACCAGGUGUUCCGGGUGUUUUUGGAGUAUUUGCUGCACGUCGGGCACAAUCAGGGGGUUGUUCCGCAGCAAAUGACGGUCCACGGACACAAUUUUGACAUCAUCACCGGAAUUCUCGCCUUCGCGGUAUCGAUUGUGAAUGUUGUAGAGCCAAGCUGAUAUACAAAUACAAUUCACUUCUUUCGCUCUUGUGGUCAUUUUCAUGCUGACGGGCAGGAGAUAUCCAUAUAGGUAGAGAAAUACAUGGAGAUGUUGACAUCCUUUUGAAAAACGCAACUUACUAGGUAUCAGUAACAUUUCGAUUUCCUACUUCUUCCAGGUGAGCUUAAACAUGGGCCCCACGUCGAGUAGCUCCUCAGAUGACGAGAAAUCCCCUCGGAAAGAAGAGGAAAAUCCGCAAACUGACGUGGAUGACGUGGUAUCGACCACAGCGUCUUCCUGUCACAAUCCCAAUCAGAACUCCUUCUUCUUCUACUCAGACAGGGGCACAACAACAUCAUCAUCAACCAAGAACGGCGAAGCAGAUCAUGACGUAAUUGCAAGUAUUUCGUCUCUCGUUUCUACAGCAGGAACUACCAUUUUGUCAGCGCUUGGACUGGGGAGUGCUGGGGGAAAAAAUAAAGCAAGCACUACUAGACCGCUGACCUCAUUUUUCUUCGGCGAUGAGGACGUCACUGGCAGUCCGGAAAGAAAUUCUGCGCCACUAAUAUCACCUGCAUCAACAAUCGCUCCGCAGCUUCACAUCAAGCAGAAAGUGGUGCUGUUUGUCUUCAAUGUAAUCGGGCUGCUGUUACUCUUUUCGGUCAUUUUCACGAUCCUGUUCUCGCUGCCGACACCGUAUAUUUUGCGAAUUUUUGUUGGAGAAGAUUCACAAAUCGUCACUCCUCGGAUAUGCUUAUUGUGCCGUGAAUUCGAAUUUGAAUUUCAAGUGCCUCGUUUGGUGGAAUACUAUUGUGCUCAACGUCAACUACUGUAAGUGAUGGAAUCCUGCAAUGGUAGAGAUGAAAUACUUGAAUGAAAAUUAUCAAAGUUAUGCGCGAAAGAAUAAAUCAUGUUCAGAUUGCGACUCUUCCAAAACGAACCUGCAGCAGUGUUUUUUUUCUUCCCGCCCUAUGAGUGGUUCCCCUUGGUCUCCCUUCCGAUUGCGCUCGCGGGCCACGUGAUCGGGCUCAGAAUGUGCUUCAUCCAAUAGAAGAGGACUUGUUUGAACAGGGAACAAGUUACUUGUUACUGGAACAGGGAGUGAGACGGUCGAGAUCAACGUCGUUCCCCACGAAGAAGAUGAUUGCCUUCUCCACCGCAGCGUCAGCUACUGCUUCCUACAAUAGGAGCAUGCCUAAGUCGAGUCUAGUUUAUUUCAAGUCAUUUUUAUCUCCUUGCGCCACAUGACUGUUUGCGCGCAGAAUACGAACUGAAUGAUCUUGGUACGCAAAAGCAACAAGAGGUUUCCGUUUCGAGGGGGCAGCAAACGCGCCCUGUUGCUGUUGAUGAAAAAAGAACUGAAGAAGUUUCAAAAACAGAAGGAAUAAAUUACAAAAGAAAAGAAAAUGUAGCCUUCAUCGAGUUUCUGUACAAUUUAGCAUCAUCACAGCCGCACAGAAACAAAAAUCGUGCGAAAAUAAGUAGAAAGAAAUGUGAACAAAAGAAAUAAAGCAAUGAAGCGCAUUGUAAACGAG